CCGUUUGAACAACGCAGUUCCAGUCCAGAACUAUACCUGUGUACACUGAGUACUUAUGAUCCGGUCACUGGUUCUCGUACCGUCCGGUCCAAACAAAAGCUCACAUUAGAUGAGAUCGGCAGAUCCGCUCAACGUUUGUCCCUUGUUCCGGGCACUCAACUGAAGGAUUUGCAAAUAAGUCGUAUUGUGGGACAAAUCAUAUUGCUCCAGUCGGCGUCGUUGUCUAAUCAGCUUGUGUUCUGCCGAGCAAUCAAUUGGGACCAGACUGCUAAAGCGGUUCGCGCGUUCCUCAGUCAUCCACCUUCACUGGGAACCCAAGUCGAACGCACAGCUACUGUGCUGUUUUCAGCUUCGGAGGACACCGGAGGUCGAGGAUCUUUGCAUUCACGCUUAGCUGAAGUUACUUUCUUGGAAAAAUCUCACAUUGACAUAGACGAUCUAGUUUGUGGUCGAUUACUCCACGUGGGCAGUGAUCACUGGACACUGCAUCUUCCAAAUGGUGCACAUGGUCGUCUGCAUUUGACUGCCAUGCUUCACUCACGUCAACCGCAACCGAUUUCUCUCACCUCGCCGAAUGCCGCGGACGCCAUCAUUCAUCGGGAGAAACAACUGGGUGCGGAUUUGGCCAAGAACCGAUUAAUCACAUGCCGCGUCGUGGAUCGAGUGGAACAGACGAAUCGAGUGUGUUCAGGCCAAUCCAGUUCAUUCCUCUACUACGUGUGCACGAAUCCGCUCGUGUUAAUUACUCACAUGGAUGACAUGCUGAUUCCCAUUGAAUCAAGUCUGUGCGCGCAAUUGCGUAAGGCAAAGAUCGGAUUUCGUGUUGGAGAUCAUCUACUGGUUCGGCCGGUUCGCAUAUUUGAAAAUCAACUUGUGGGCGAACUUGUCUUCGAAGGGACUGUGGUCAGUCCUUCCGAAACCGAAUUGCAAUCGGCAACAAAAGCUCUGAUAGAACACGUCGCAGUCAAAGCAGAUCGCGCUCGGAAGCGCCUAGAACAUAUAAAACAAGAAAAUAACACUUUGCGAAUCUUUGACGAAUCAUCGACCAUCGGAAUACGAGAUAAAUCUGAAUUGGGCCGCGAUGAAUCGCCGGAAAUCAAGAAGCCGCGCAUGACGAACAGUGAUGGUGGCUCAGAUUCGGCAAAACGACGUCGGAUGGAGGAAUCCUCCGAGUUAUUCGAUCCGGAAGUUGUGCAACGUUAUGCCGACUUCAUGCUCCCUGUUGAAUUCGACUCCACUGAGGUAGCGGGAUCGACCCAAACGAACGUUAUCGAUGAGGAGCAUAUGAAAGACGCAGAUCGAUUCAAAAAAGACAAUCAGUCCACCAGAGAAUGGCGUCUUCAUGAGACCGAACAACGCAAAGCAAUGCUUGCUGCAUUGACCGCAGCGCAGCACCGUCUCCCGAAGGGUUCUCUUCGACCGUGCACCACAGAAGAAUUCGAACUGGCUGUUCGUAAUGCACCGAGUAAUGCUGCUUGUUGGACCGCAUACAUGACUCACGUACUGAGCGGGGGAGAUCGGUCCGCGUCUAUAAAUGAGGCUCGGGCAAUCGCGGAACGAGGUCUGCGCGCCAUCAUGAACGCGCCCGGUUUGGAGCCUGGAGAACAAGAUGCACAACAAGCACAUUUGCUUUUGGUCUAUCUGGUUCUUGAAGCAAAAGAACUAGAACGAUGCACGCAACAGAAAGAGGCACACACUCUGUACCAUUUGGGGUCAGACCCGGUGCUGGAGUUGAAUGAUCAGGCCAACCGACUUUCACAGGUUCUCUCUCGGCUGGUUAAUUUAGACCAAGCUGAGUUCACCCGGAAGGCAAUCGAGACAAUGGCUGAUAUCGGACAGUUUGAGCGCGCUGAAGACCUUGCUCGUCGCCUAAUCAAAUCUUGUCCCCAGGAUGUGGAUCGUUGGCUGUCUCUUAUCAAAGUUCGAUUCCGUGCAGGCCGUGUUGCUGCGGCUCGUGAAGCGCAACGUAACGCCGUAGGCGUUGUCCGGUCUGUUCAUUUGCCGCGUUUACUCACAGGUGCUGCACGCCUCGAAUUUGAAUUUGGUGACGCGGACCGGUCUUUGACACUGUUUCGUGAACAACUGUCCAUGCAUCCGAAACAUCGUGUGAUCUACGAGGAGUUCAUCAAAGUCCUUCUGUUAGCUGGGAGAACAUCGGAAGCCAAAACGGUGAAAGAGCAAGCGAAGGAAUCGCUCAAGUCGCAUGAAUUUGACAUGGUGGAGAAUUUGUUCAAAUCGGAGUCGGAGAAAAAUCCCGCGGUCUAG